CCGCCUCAUCUGAGCGAGGAGGAAGAGGAGGAGGAGGAGGAAGAAGAAGAGGAGAGAGGUGACAGGGACCGGGAGACAUGGAGCACAGCCACAUCUUCACCUCCCUGCCCCUCAACGGCAGCGCGUGGAACCCCGGGCAGGCGCCUGCCGGCCUCCAGGGCUGCCCUCUCGGACCCCUGCCCGUCAUCUACUACAGCACCCUGCUCUGCCUUGGCCUGCCCGUGGCCAACAUCCUGACCGUGAUCAUCCUGUCCCAGCUGGUGUCGCGCCGCCAGAAGUCCUCCUACAACUACCUUCUGGCCCUGGCCGCUGCCGACAUCCUGGUCCUCUUCCUCAUCGUCUUCGUGGACUUCCUGCUGGAGGACUUCAUCCUGGGCGCCCCGCUGCCCCCGUCGCUCAACAAGGCGGUGCAGGUGCUGGAGUUCUCCUCCAUCCACACCUCCAUCUGGAUCACCGUGCCGCUGACGGUGGACCGCUACAUCGCCGUCUGCCACCCGCUGCGCUACCACACCGUGUCUUACCCGGCCCGCACGCGCCGCGUCAUCCUGGCCGUCUACCUGGGCUGCCUGCUCACCAGCGCCCCCUACUACUGGUGGCCGGACCUGUGGCAGGGGAUUCCGGGCGGGGGCGGGGGCGGGGCCAGCAGCCUGGGCCAGCACGUGCUGGUGUGGGCGCACUGCGUCACGGUCUACCUGGUGCCCUGCUCCAUCUUCUUCGCCCUCAACUCGGUCAUCGUGCACAAGCUGCGCCGCCGCAGCUGCCUCCGCCUGCGCGGCUACUCCACGGGCAAGACCACCGCCAUCCUGCUGGCCAUCACCUCCGUCUUCGCCGUGCUGUGGGCCCCGCGCAUGGUCAUGAUCCUCUACCACCUCUACACGGCCCCGCCCGCCGCGCCGGGCCCCGCCCGCCUGCUCCACCUGGUCACGGAUGUGGCCAACAUGCUGGCGCUGCUCAACACGGGAAUCAACUUCUUCCUCUACUGCUUCAUCAGCAAGCGCUUCCGCGGCAUGGCGGCCACCAUGCUCAAGGCCUUCUUCCGCUGCCAGAAGCAGCCGGCGCCCUUCUACGCCAGCCACAACUUCUCCAUCACCAGCAGCCCCUGGAUCUCGCCUGCCAACUCCCACUGCAUCAAGAUGUUCGUCUACCAGUACGACCGGAACGGCAAGCCCAUCUGCAUCUCAUCUUGAGGCGGCCCCGCCCGCCUGCCUGGCCCAUCAAC